UUCUGUCAUUGCUGUCAUUGAAAGGUCACCUUGGUGAAGUUCAAGACAAAUUCAAAUUUGUAAGAUUUCGAAAAUUAUUUUGGUGUUGCGGUAAUUUUGAACCCUCAAACAUGGAUCCAAGUACUCAGAGGUUUAUUGAGCGUGGAUCGCAUAAAGGAAAAGGUUUAGCUGUCUUUACCAGCGGAGGUGACUCCCAGGGUAUGAAUGCAGCAGUCAGAUCUGUAGUGCGAAUGGGAAUUUACCUGGGAUGCAAAGUCUACUUCAUUCGUGAAGGUUACCAGGGUAUGGUAGAUGGCGGAGACAAUAUUGAAGAAGCCAACUGGUCAUCUGUAAGCUCUAUCAUCCAUAAAGGUGGUACAAUAAUUGGCUCGGCACGUUGUAUGGAUUUCAUCACUAAAGAGGGUCGCUUGAAAGCAGCCUACAAUCUUGUGACUAGAGGUAUCACCAAUUUAGUAGUGAUUGGUGGUGAUGGUUCUCUAACUGGAGCCAACUUGUUCCGUGAGGAGUGGUCAACCUUGUUGGAUGAUUUACUUGAAAACAAUAAAAUUACUAAAGAUCAGAGGGAGAAGUACAAGUUUUUGCAUAUUGCUGGAAUGGUAGGCUCCAUUGACAAUGAUUUUUGUGGUACGGACAUGACAAUAGGCACGGACUCUGCCUUGCACCGUAUCAUUGAAGCUAUUGAUGCCAUUGUAAGCACAGCUUAUUCCCAUCAGAGGACAUUUAUUAUGGAGGUCAUGGGUAGACACUGUGGUUAUCUGGCAUUGGUAGCCGCUCUGGCGAGCGAGGCGGACCAAGUAUUCAUUCCCGAGGACCCUGUUCCCAAUAAUUGGGUUGAAAAGCUUUGCAAACGAUUACAACAGGAAAGGAAAUCUGGCCAACGAUUGAACAUUAUCAUCGUGGCCGAGGGUGCGAUCGACCGCGAAGGUAAGCCGAUCACCGCCGAGCUGGUGAAAAAGGUGGUGGUGGAAAAACUUCAGCAAGACACCCGCAUCACCGUGCUGGGUCACGUGCAGCGUGGAGGCUCGCCAUCUGCCUUCGACAGGAUCUUGGGUUGCCGCAUGGGAGCUGAGGCAGUAAUGGCGCUAAUGGAAGCUACUCCUACGACGCCGGCGUGUGUGGUGACCCUGGAUGGUAACCAAGCCGUGCGUCUGCCCCUUAUGGAGUGCGUGCGAAGGACUAAAGCCGUUGCCCAGGCCAUGGCUGACAAGAACUGGGAUCUGGCAGUGCAACUGCGCGGACGCAGCUUCGCUCGCAACCUUGAGACCUACAAGAUGCUGACCCGCCUGAAGCCGCCCAAGGAAGCGUUUGACCAAUCCGGAAAGCCCGCUGAGGGUUACACGCUAGCGGUGAUGCACGUGGGCGCUCCCGCUUGCGGUAUGAACGCGGCCGUGCGUUCCUUCGUACGCAACUGCAUCUAUCGCGGAGACACCGUGCUCGGUAUCCACGACGGUAUCGAGGGAUUGAUCAGCGGAAACAUCGUCAAGAUGGACUGGUCUGAUGUGACCGGCUGGGUAGCCCAAGGAGGCGCCUUCCUCGGCACCAAGCGCACCCUGCCUGGCGAUAAGAAGGCCGACAUUGCUGCCCGCAUCAAGCAGUUUAAUAUUCAAGGGCUGCUGCUCAUUGGUGGAUUUGAGGCGUACCAAGCGGGCCUAGAGCUGUACGAGUCCCGCGCCCAGUUCCCGGAGUUCUGCAUCCCGCUCGUGGUCAUCCCGUCCACCAUCAGCAACAACGUGCCCGGGACCGACUUCUCUCUCGGCGCCGAUACUGCCCUCAACGAGAUCACCGAGAUUUGCGACCGCAUCCGUCAAUCUGCUCAGGGAACUAAACGCCGUGUGUUCGUCAUUGAAACUAUGGGCGGAUACUGCGGUUAUUUGGCUACUUUGGCAGGUCUGGCCGGCGGCGCGGACGCAGCCUACAUCUACGAGGAGAAGUUCUCCAUCAAGGAUCUCCAGCAGGACGUGUACCACAUGGCGUCCAAGAUGACGGGCGGCAUCCAGCGCGGCCUCAUCCUCCGCAACGAGAAGGCCAACGAUAACUACAACACCGAGUUCAUUUACCGCCUGUACUCUGAAGAGGGGAAGGGACUGUUUACGGCCAGGAUGAAUGUGCUUGGUCACAUGCAGCAAGGCGGCUCGCCUACUCCCUUCGACCGCAACAUGGGCACCAAGAUGGCGGCCAAGUGCCUGCACUGGCUGGUGGAGGCGCUGCAGCGCGGGCCCUCCAACACGCCCGACUCGGCCUGCCUGCUCGGCGUCGUCAAGCGCCAGUACAAGUUCACGCCGCUAGAGGACCUCAAGGCGCAGACCAACUUCGCGCAAAGAAUACCGAAGCAGCAAUGGUGGAUGAAACUCCGCCCCCUGCUGCGUAUCCUGGCCAAGCACGACUCUACGUAUGAAGAGGAGGGCAUGUACAUGACCGUCGAGCAGGGCGAGAUCGACUCCGAGAGCGUCAUUUAAACGUUCCAUAUCAAUAAGUAGCUUCAAUUUUGUGCUAUCACUUAUAUCACAAAUAGCUAUAAGAAGACUUCUUCGAAAAAUUGCAAGAUCGUCUUGUAUUGGGCUUGGUCUAGAUUAGCAACUCCUUGUUGAUAUUUGAACGUGUGUGGGCAUUAUACAAAAUAAAACCGCGUGCUAUUGUGUGUAACUUGCGUCUCGUAAGCUACUUUAACGACAUGGAGAAUUACUGCAAGUCGUAAAACUUAUUACGUACGAGCGAUUUGUGAUGAGUUAAUUUUUUUUGGUGCUGGUAACCUUUUAUUGAACCGGGAGUUCAUUAAUGUGUGAUGUGAUUACCACCGGAAAUGCGUCUUGCAAUUUUAGGAAUAAGCUGAUAUGAUAAACACCAUCGGUAGUUUGUUUGUAUCAUCAAAAACAUUUUGACUAAUGAAUGUUGCAUUUUAGAAAAUUUGCAUGUAGACGUAGCAUUAAAUUGACAAUGUUUUCGAUGUGGAAUGUUAUUUUGAAGUAGAUGAAUUUAUUUUGAAUUAAUAAAUACUCCGUUGAAGCGGAAAUAUUACUAGUAAACUAUUUGUUAAAAGUAGCAAUGGACUAGAAUCUAGAUAGGUAUUGCGUGGUACAUUUGUACCUAACUUUACCAAAAUAUACUCCUACAAUCUUAGCGUAAUGAUGUGUUUGCCAUCUUUCAGUAACCACAGACCAAUGAUUUAUUUAAUAUUUUAUUUAAGUUAAUUUUCGUAAAUAGGAAAUAUUUAAUAAUUGUAUGAUGAAAUUUAUGAAACAAUAGAAACAAAUGGCUGUGGGUUGACAUUGUACUUUUUUAUUUAUUUUAAACUGAUUCUAUAAACGACAAUUUAGUAUCAUAGAACCAGUUUAUUUAUUUUUGAGACACAUUUUUUGAAUAUCCUGUAUGUAAUAUUUCAUAGAGAUUAUAUCGGUGUUGCUUGCUGUUCGAAUGGUGACAAAAGUAAAAAAAUAUAAUAUGUAGCCAUAAUUGAUUUGUCAUUUCUUAGAAAGUUUAGAUAAAUAGAUUUUGACUGGAUUGUAUCUUU